CUGGCAUGACGUUACAAAAAGACAAUAUGGAAAGUUACUUUCUCACUGUCUGAAGUUGACAUAGUCAACAUUUGGAAGUGAACCAUGAUGAUUUUACAAUGGCGUUUACCUAUGGUGAUGUGGUCAUUCUUCCUGAUAUAUGGAAUGUGUUUUAUUUUCGUAUUUUCUACAAAAACCGAGUUCCGAAUAGCAUGGAUGGCUCCGAAAAAAGAAUAUUAUAACCUUAGUGCAUACUCUAGUGUUGGGGCAUUAAAAAUCGCCCUUUCUGCUAUACGUACGAAUCCCACAAACCGAAUCCAGUCUCUCCACAACUCUACCAUAAAAGUCCGAUGGUACGAUACAGACUGCAACGCAAAGAGUGCAUUAGCCGCUGCCGUGGACGCUAAAUCCAAGUUUGAUCCGCACCUCUUUCUCGGUCCGCCAUGUUCAGUCGGGAUGAAAGGAGUUGCUCUCCUGGCCUCGCAAUGGAAAACCCCAGUGUUUGGGUGGGUGUCACAAGAAGAAGAAUUUCAAGACAAGAAAAUGUACUCAACUUUAGUGCGGUUUUUAGGACCAUUGAAUCGAUUUCCAAAUGUGAUGUUCCAUCUGCAGUCCCUCUUUAAAUGGUCACAGUUUUCUGUGGUUUAUGACAAGAGAGAUCCAUACAGGGCAGUGGCCGAGGCCUUAUAUGAGAAGAAAUCUAUCGAAAACAUGGAUUCAUCGAUGAAUUGGUAUAACAUUGUCAACUCUUUCAAGGUGUCCAACGACAUGAGCGAUAAACAAAUAGAGGAAAUCUUCCGUCAAAUUAAAAAGUACUCGCGAAUUGUUGUUAUGGCCCUACCUUGGUUGGAUAUGCGGAAAUAUAUGCUGGUAGCACAUAAACUUGGAAUGAGUGAUGGAGACUAUGCUUUUCUCUGUUUUCAUGGAGAUCUUUACACAUAUGAUAGGAUGGAGACAGAUGUGUUUUCCGAUUUGGUAUGGCGAAAAAAUGAUUCAUAUGAUAGUAUAGCAAAGGAUGCAUUCGAACCAGUUUUUCAUGUCAUGAUGAAACCCUUAGAGAAAACGCAUUGGAAUCUAUUCAAAAAAAUUGCAUCAGAUUUCACUUCCAGCACAGAUCCAAACUGGAAUUUACCAGAACCGCCAGAAGAAUACAUCCCCCCGGAUGCCUAUGCGCCGUACCUCUAUGAUGCUACACUGGUUUGGGCAAUUCUUGCAGAUAAGAUAUUGAAAGAAAAUAAAAAUCCCCAUGACGGAGAGUACAUGUUCUUGAAAGCUACAACACUCACAGACGAAGUGGAGGUUAAUGGAUUGACAGGAAAAGUGAAUUUAGAUAACCAUGGAGACAGAAAUCUAAACUUUCAAGUCCUGGACAUGACUGAAAAUGGCACAUUUGAGAGCAUACUGACUAUCAAAUAUCAAAAUAAAAUGAUGCAAGUCGAAUUUGUUAACAAUAAAACUGAGGAAAAUCUCAGUCGCUGGCCGAACGGUAAAGUGGGCAUCAAAUACGCUCCUCCUGACGAACCAAUAUAUGGCUUCGAUGGAAAGAAGUGCCCAGAACAAGACGAACAGCCAGACAGGACAUUUAUCUACGUCUUCUCUGCUGGUGGAGUUGUGUUUGUCGUCGUUGUGGCUACCAUUCUAUAUUGCAUCCUAAAGAUGACCUACGAUGACGUGUAUCGGAUGAUAGGAUCAUGUGGUCGCUACCAGAAGUUAAUCUACGUGCUACAAACUCUCCCUGUAAUGUUUGCAGCAGUGCAGACGUACUUGUCCGUCUUUAUUCUGUAUGUCCCAGACCACAGGUGUUCCAGUUUAAAUUCUAUAAAUACCACACACGCGCCCCAGGAUAUCCAUUUUCUGUCCUCGAGAUGUAAAGUGUAUUACAACAUAAAAAGCGAGUUUUUAUAUGAAGUUUACAACUCGCCGGAAAGCUCAAACUGGGAUAAUUUAACCAUGCCGUCGUCUGAAUGUAGAAGCUGGGAAUAUGAUACAGCAUUGUUUGAAAACACAUUUGUAACGCAGAAAAACCUGGUAUGCAAAAAGAAACUGUAUCGCACACAUGCCAUUGUAGCAUAUAUGGCUGGAUUUACGCUCGGGUCGCUAGGAAUGGGAAUAUUUUCAGACAAAUUUGGUCGAAAAGUUGUUCUGAUGGCAAGCAUUGCACUGUAUAUUGGAUCAAGCAUUCCCCUGUCUUUUGUCAACGAAUUCAGUGAAUUCACAGUGUCACGUAUUUUCUCAGGUGUGUCGGUUGGAGGCUUGUUAAAUACCUGCUAUGUUAUGGACUUAGAGUUGGUCGAACCCAGAAUGAGGAUGUUGGCAGGAAUGGUGUACAAGUUGUUUUGGGGAACUGGAGCGUUGUUGUUGACAGGAAUGGCUUAUCUUAUUCGAGACUGGAGAAAUCUUAAUCUAUCCCUGGCUUUACCAACCAUUUUAUUUCUUUUUUACAAAAUUUUGGUACCAGAAUCUACUCGAUGGCUAUUCAUCAAAGGUAGAAGAAAACGAGCAGAAAACAUUCUCAGGAUGAUCGCACGAAGAAACAACAGAUCAUUUAAAGAACCAAUUCUGCCUGAUGAAGAUGAAGAGGCACAAAGAGAUAAACAAAGAGUAUCGUUCAUUGCUUUUUGUUCUUAUCCUCGACUUGUAUGUAACACUUUUGUGAUUUUUUUCAAUUGGUUUGUGGUAUCUUUGGUGUUUUUUGGGCUCUCCUGGAACGUCAGUAACCUUGGCGAUGAUGUCUUCCUCAAUUUCUACCUGACAAGUAUCGCUCAGAUCGUGGGCUUCCUAUUGUGCAUUCCCCUUUUGAAUGGUGUCGGCAGGAAGCCAGUUUAUGUUGGUUCCCUUUUUAUGGGAGGAGUUGCUUUACUGCUUACUAUAUUUCCUGUAAAAUAUGGAUCUUCUGGUAAGAGCUUUUCUAAGACGAGAGUUUACAAAGAUGUUAUUGAAAAUAGUUCAAAGGAACGAAGAGUCAAUUUUAAACCGAAUAAAGUUAUUCAUAUAUUAUGUUUGAAUUGUAUAGCAUUUGAAUCGUUCUUGCAUAAUUCCUACUUUUGUUUAUCGGCAGAUAUUGAAUGGAUUACGUUCUCGCUAUCCUUCGUAGGCAUGACAGGCUCCUCCAUGGCUGUUGCUACACUUUUCCUGUAUUCUACAGAACUGUUCCCAACCGUCGUAAGAAACUCCGGUCUUGGAAUCGCAAACUUAUGUGCGUGCAUCGGCGGAAUUAUUGCUCCUUACAUCCCUGAUUUGAACAAAAUAGUCAGUGGUGAUAUAGGGAGAAUUCUCCCAAUGUCUAUCUUUGGAAUCUUUGCAAUCAUAGCGGGGCUUCUUUCUCUUUUACUACCGGAAACUAAUAAGCCGAGACUACCAGAGACUCUUGGUGACGCUGUAUUACAGAAUGAAGGUCACACGCACAGGGAUAUGGAGAUGGUUACAGUGAUUCAGCCACUGAAAGAAACACCAGAAAACAGCUUAACCCUACAGUAACUGAUUUCAAUAGAGGGCAAGAGGUUACGUGAAUACAUAUAAGGAACAGUUUAAAUUCAUAUUUUAGAUUGCAUCUAACUAUAUAAAACAAAACUUAUUUUGAAAGAGCUGGGCUAAUUUAAUAAGACUCCAUUAAUAAAAGCGUAAUCAGUAACAUAUGUGCACCACUUGUUCCUAUUGACAAUUAUCUAAGCU